AUGACAACCUCUCUGGAGAAAUUAGCUACCACAGCUUCGGCAAGCGCAUUCAGAAAACCAACUCGUGGUCUGAGAAGAAGAUUUAGAUACUCCUUUGACCAAAACGUCAAUCAGAAUUCAUUGGCGUCGGCAAAAGUUUUCAUCGUUUCCGUUAAACCUGUAAGAUCAUGCAUUCACCACCUGUGCCGUAAGCUUUCUCCUCGGCACCUCCGCUUAUGGUCAGACUCCUCGUUGGCAACGGUUUCCCAACGGAAUCAGCAGUAUCCCACCAUUGCGACGGCAGACGAAUCACGCAGCACCAUAUCGGACCUGGCUGAAAGGAGUCUUCGCGAUGUAGUUAUCCACCUCGUUCUUGUGCGCCUCACGACGACCAAACGUCACUAA